GACAAUUCACGCCCCACACCAACCAGAAUAGUAGCCAUCGUCUCCUUCGUGGGGUAGCGUACAACAUUUUUUUUUAAAAAAUUGUAUCGGCACAGAAAAGGUUAGUUAAAAAAAGGUAGGUACAAUUUCACUUUUCAUGUAAAAACCGAUAAGAAUAUAUAUAUUUUUUUUGGACACCAGACAUACCGCGCAUGCUCACAACGGGGGCUUCCGUUAAGUUUUAUAGACACAUCUCUAAACGAUAAAUUGAGUGUGCCUCAAAGUUUGUAUCUGUACACCUAAACGUAAGCUUGUUUAGAUACAAAUAUAUUUACCAUUUAUAGUAUAAUCUUCCCCCCUCCCCAAAAAAACCCUUUUAUCGACUCCUAGCAAAAAAACACGAUGUUUUGUGUUCCCAACGGACGUUACACGAAAGAGAAAGUGGUCGAGCGGCGCCAUCUCGUUCUGGCUCUGUACUCUUUGUUGGAUGUGUGCCGUGGAUGACAACUGUCCGCCCGUCGCAACAACAGCAGCAGCAGCGGCAGCAGUGUAUUUAUCAUCGCAGCAGCCGAGGGGGAGUGAAGUGAACCGGAGGAAGGAGAGAGAAAAGGAUUUACGGACACCGACCAAGCAUGGCUACCCAAACGACAGCAUCAUGCACUGGAUCCACUCUGCUGCAGCCAAUCAGCGAAAUUAUCAAUCUCCCUCUUGACCAGGUACUCCCUCCAUUUCCUGGUGCAGAGCGGUUUGUCCUACAGUGUGAUGAUCUUCGCCGGCCUGGAGCACAUGCACAAGUACUGCUUCAUUGUGACGCUUGGCUAUCUGAUAUUGUGUCAGAUCACACGAGUCUACGUGUUUGACUACGGCAUGUACUCUGCAGAUUUCACAGGGCCCAUGAUGGUUAUAACACAGAAGAUUACCAGCUUGGCGUUUGAAAUACACGAUGGUUUGACCAAGCGAGAUGUGCAGCUGACUCACAGUCAGAAAUACCUAGCUAUCAGGCGGAUGCCCAGCUUGCUGGAGUACUUGAGCUACAACUGUAACUUCAUGGGCAUCCUCGCAGGCCCCACGUGCUCUUACAACAACUACAUAGCAUUCAUCGAAGGCACAGGCUACCAGCCACGCCACCAGGAGAACGCCAACGCCAACGGCAAGGAGAAUGGGAAGUACAAGCAGAGUGAACCCUCACCCAAGAAUGACGUCAUCUCCAAGCUGUGCACAUGUGCCAUCUCACUGGCCAUCUAUCUGUCGCUGUGCAAGCUGCUCCCGGUGGAGCACUCCAUAGACGAUGACUUUGUCAGCUCCACACCCUUCUACCUUCAAGUCAUCUACCUUUACCUGGCCAUGCUGGCGUUGAGGCCAAAGUACUACUUCGUCUGGACGCUUGCUGAUGCUAUCAACAACGCUGCCGGAUUUGGCUUCAAUGGUUACAACAAAGAUGGCUCCCCACGGUGGGACCUGAUAUCAAACCUCAGAAUUCUGGACAUUGAGUUUGCCACCAGUUUCAAGAGUUUCCUAGACAACUGGAAUAUCCAGACAGCCCUCUGGCUCAAAAGGGUGUGCUAUGAGCGCUGUGCCAUCAACCCUACUGCAGCCACUUUCUUGCUGUCAGCCAUGUGGCAUGGGGUGUACCCAGGCUACUACCUGACCUUCCUCACUGGCAUUGCCAUGACCAUGGCUGCACGUGCAGUAAGGCACAACAUCAGACCGUACUUCCUGGUCUCUGACUCGUACAAGUGCAUCUAUGAUGUCAUCACGUGGGCAUGGACUCAGAUUGCCAUUAGCUAUACAGUGGCGCCAUUUGUCCUACUUGCUGUGGGACCCUCACUCAAAUUCUACAGGUCCUGGUACUUCUGCUUACACCUCCUCUGUCUCCUGGUGGUACUCGUCCUACCUGUCAAAUCGAGACGCCGGCAGACCAAAGAGCAGCAGGACAGCCUACAGGACAACCAGACAGACCACAACAGCACAGACAACAACUGCAACCAGAAAGACAAAGCCACAUGAGGCCCAGGACAACAACGCACAGUCCCUUCAGCAUCAGAAACAUUUAAGACGAACUAGAAACCACAGAGAGCUGGAGUGUGGCGGGUCUGUUUACCCUUACAAAGAACCAAAUACCGGACACUCUGAACAUCCUAACAGACAGGAAACACAAGUCAAUGUUCUGUCAAAACUUCCAGUAGCAAGGAUGACAGCAAUCACACUUCUGACAUGGAUAAAGAGACCAGGAUGUAAACUAAUGAGUGAUAGUGGUUACUUAACAUUACAUUAGUGGAAAUGAAGACUUCCAAGCUGCCUUAAACCCUCUAUGUACUCGUGUGGUGAAAUAACAGUUGGAUGGCAGUCUGCAAGAACCUAAAUGCAGUUUCACCAUUGUAGUGUGAGGUUAUAGAAACAGAAUAGAAGUGCAGUAUGUGGAGGGUUUUUGUCAUUGUCUGGAUACAAGCCUCUGUUGAGCGGCUAAUGGAAAAAUGUGUUCAUGUAAAAGAAACAUAACCUUUAUCAUCAGCUGCCAAUUUCAAACAGGCCUUAGGAUCCUCAAAACAUCGUUUGAUUUCUAUGUCUUUUUUUAAAAUCUUUAUUGGAGAGAAGACUUCACAUUGUACGUGUUUUGUAUUUAGAUGUUUGUGACAACACUAUUUGAAAUCCAUUGUCAAGGUUUAUUUUUCUGCGAUGAAUUGACUUUGUCUGUCAUAGAGAGUCCCAAAGAGGAAUUCAGAUCUCAUCUGCCUCCAGCAGUGGAAAGUCUAAAAGAAGCACUCAAGAGUUACUAAAUGGAUUUCUGUUUCUUUUUAUAUUUUUCAUUUCUGCUGCUUUUUUUGACAAACAUGACUCAUCAGAUAAAUGUGUGUUGCAAAGGGAGUUUAUUUACCCUGUCAUGAUUUACAUUUCUUUUAAAAAAAUUUCUUACUUGGGUUUCAGGGGUGUGAUUUUUUUUUUUUUCACGUUCAGGUUUCCUCUGUGUUCAAAUGUCUUGCCUCUGUAAUACAAGUAUCCAAAACUAUUUAAAAACUAAAUAAAAUGGAAUAAUUGGGGACACACAGUGGAUUGUUAACGUCACUAUUGAACACUCGUACAUUUUAAUUAAUUGUCUUAAAUGCUACAAAUGUAACAGAAAACACUGAAAACGUAUUUAAUUUAUAUAGGUUUCAUAGCCAUAAUUAUUAUAAGCCAAUUGAAUGUAAAAGAAACAUUUCCAAUUUGAUGCACAGUGCGGGGAAAAAAACGUAUUGCAUUCAGGCUGCAAAUUCUUUAUGUGUGCAAUUUGCAUUUGUCUGUGAGGAAAUCUGAUAGUUAUUUAUGUAUGUGACAUCAUAACAUUGUACAAAAUUCAAAGACAGACCAGCUGUUGUGGUAAAUGGUCUUAUUUCAUAUUGUGUGCACUUAUGUUAGAAUAGGGGGUGUUUCAGGGUGCAUUUACUGUAGGGUGUAAGAGACACUGGUUCCCCAUGUUGUUUUGGUCCAUGGCUCACCUUAAGCCUUUCAAAUCAUCCAGUUUACUCUUUACAACACGCAGCAGUUCACACAGCCACCCAUGUGAUUCAUUUUGUUUGUUUCCUUAGACAUUUUUAUGGAUUUUGUCAAGAAAAUGUUGUCGUUUCUUGCAGUGGAGAAAACUUAAAAGGCACCUCACUGUUGUUUUAACAGUCAGAAGACACAUUUUUACGUAUCUGUUAGAGCAGGAAAUAGUCUGGGGAUUCAAAGCCCACAAUAUCAUAAACACUUUGAAGUUGUGCAUUUUUUUUCUCUCUAAAAAUUGUCAGUAAUUGGAGUUGAUUUGGUGCAUUUGUGUCAUGUAAAAUAACAAAGCAGCAGAGGUGAGGUGUGAAGUAUGGACCUCUUUUAUUUCUUUUUAAGAUUUUCUAACAUUUGCAUAUUCCUGCCAUAACUGUGUGUGCGUGUGCGUGUGUGUGUGUGUGUGUGUGUGUGUGUGUGUGUGCGUACAAGUAUUCAUGUGAUCCGUACAUGUCGAUGUGGUCUCAUGUGAACUAUAUUUGUAGCCUGGGCCCUGCGUAGGUGAGUGUGGCCCACUUUAAGGGAAAGGGAUGUCAUUCUACAAACAUAGCGAUUGUUGCACUGCAUGGCCACCCAAACCAGCAGAUCAAUGCAAACUGCUCCAUAUGUCCAAAGUGCCAAAUCAAGAAUGGCGGAUUUUGUUUUGUGUGUAUGUGAGCAUGCGUGCCUGCGCGUGUGUGUUUUGCGUGCGUGCGCGUGCAUGUGUCCAUGUAGUAUGUGUGUACGUGCGCCUGUGUAACGUAAUGGUUAUUUUUGUGUCAGAAGGAAAUUUAUUGAAAGAUUUGUAUAACAGUACAUUAAAACUCUGAUUUAUGUGGCAAAAUAAAGAGAAAUUAUUUUUAAACACUAAAA